CUUCCCAUAUAGCAGAGAGAUGACAAGUGAGGAAGCAGGCGGACUCCCCUGCCCUUCCCUCUCGAAUUUACGCGGCUAAAGGCAGAAGCUAUUCAAUUCACCGCCUGACUUUCUUCUCGUUCUUGAUCCACGAGUUGUGUCUUUCAUGGCUACAAAUGUGGACAAGGGUCGGCCCAGCAAGAAGAUAAAGUUCUCUACCAGAGACGAUCGCAGAGAUUUUGUUGGUGACGCUGACGGUGGCGGCGAUUAUGGGGACGAUAUGUAUGAUGGUCAUCCGCGCGGAGAACCGGAGGCUAACAAGAAAGACUUUUCGAAGCUUGAGUUGAAGCCUGACCAUGUUAAUCGACCUCUUUGGGUUUGCGUCGACGGCCGGAUAUUCCUGGAGACGUUUUCGCCCCUUUAUAAACAGGCGUACGAUUUCCUUAUCGCCAUUGCUGAACCGGUCUGCAGACCAGAAUCUAUGCAUGAAUACAAUUUGACACCUCAUUCGCUUUAUGCUGCCGUGUCUGUUGGACUUGAGACAAGUACAAUCAUCAAUGUGCUGGAAAAACUGUCCAAAACGAGGCUACCUAAGGACAUCAUUGAUUUUGUUUAUGCUUCAACUUCAAACUACGGGAAGGUGAAGCUUGUGCUCAAGAAGAAUCGCUACUUUGUGGAGUCUCCAUUUCCUGAGGUAUUGAAGAAAUUGUUGCAUGACGAAGUCAUUUCUCGAGCAAGGAAGUUCUCUUCUGAGGAUGACACAUUUAUGGUCAGCAAAGCACUUGGUGGAAUUGAAGGUGGUCAUGAGGAGUUGCUUGAUGCAGUGGACCUGGCUGCAGCAACAGAGGAGAAAGAAACACACUCUUUUGAAAUUGAUCCUGCUCAGGUUGAAAAUGUUAAGCAACGGUGUUUGCCAAAUGCUUUGAAUUAUCCAAUGUUGGAAGAGUAUGAUUUCAGAAAUGACAAUGUGAAUCCGGACUUGAAUAUGGAGCUCAAGCCUCAAGCCCAACCAAGGCCAUACCAAGAAAAAAGCCUUAGCAAGAUGUUUGGAAAUGGAAGAGCUAGAUCUGGGAUUAUCGUACUUCCCUGUGGAGCAGGAAAGUCUCUUGUUGGGGUUUCUGCAGCUUGUCGGAUAAGAAAAAGUUGUCUCUGUCUGGCUACCAAUGCUGUCUCUGUCGAUCAGUGGGCUUUUCAAUUUAAGCUUUGGUCUACUAUCCGAGAUGAUCAGAUUUGUCGUUUUACUUCUGAUAGCAAGGAAAGAUUUCGUGGUAAUGCUGGUGUGGUUGUGACUACAUAUAAUAUGGUUGCUUUUGGAGGUAAAAGAUCAGAGGAAUCUGAAAAGAUUAUUGAAGAAAUUCGAAACAGAGAAUGGGGCUUGCUUCUUAUGGAUGAGGUUCAUGUGGUUCCAGCACAUAUGUUUCGGAAGGUUAUUAGUAUCACAAAGUCUCAUUGCAAACUUGGGCUUACAGCUACAUUGCUGAGAGAAGAUGAGCGUAUAACAGAUCUGAAUUUCCUGAUUGGUCCAAAAUUAUAUGAAGCAAACUGGCUGGAUUUAGUAAAAGGUGGUUUUAUCGCAAAUGUGCAAUGUGCAGAAGUGUGGUGCCCAAUGACAAAGGAGUUCUUUGCAGAGUAUCUGAGAAAGGAAAACUCGAAGAAAAAGCAGGCACUAUAUGUUAUGAAUCCCAACAAAUUUAGGGCUUGUGAGUUUUUGAUACGGUUCCAUGAACAAGAGCGAGGAGACAAGAUAAUUGUAUUUGCUGACAAUCUCUUUGCACUUACUGAGUAUGCAAUGAAGCUUCGGAAACCUAUGAUCUAUGGUGCUACCAGCCACAGUGAACGAACAAAGAUUCUUUCUGCAUUUAAACACAGUCCAGAUGUCAACACAAUUUUCCUUUCUAAGGUUGGUGAUAAUUCAAUUGAUAUUCCUGAGGCCAACGUGAUAAUCCAGAUAUCAUCACAUGCUGGUUCACGGAGGCAAGAAGCUCAACGUCUGGGUCGUAUUCUUAGGGCAAAAGGUCGGCCUCAAGAUAGGAUGGCUGGAGGAAAAGAAGAAUACAAUGCAUUCUUCUAUUCUCUUGUCUCCACUGAUACACAGGAGAUGUAUUACUCAACAAAGAGGCAGCAAUUUCUGAUUGAUCAAGGUUACAGUUUUAAGGUUAUAACAAGCUUACCACCACCUGGUUCAGGGUCAGAGCUUGGUUUUCAUCGCCUUGAUGAGCAGCUUGCGCUUCUAAGCAAGGUACUGAGUGCAGGUGAUGAUGUUGUUGGUCUGGAGCAGCUAGAAGAAGACGCUGAUGACAUUACUCUCCAGACCCGCCGCUCGGCUGGAUCAUUAAGCGCCAUGUCUGGAGCAAACAAGAUGGUCUACAUGGAAUACAACACUGGCAAGGGCAAGUUAGUAGCGCAUGGCCAGGCCAAAAGCAAGCCCAAGGAUCCUGCAAAGCGGCAUGUACUGUUCAAGAGGCGCUAUGGUUAAUGUAUAGUAUCCAGUUUUUGAUGACUACUCGAGCCGAUGCCUCAGACGAAGUUUAGAUCCUCUAGGGGCAUCAAUUCAUUGGCGAAGGAGAUCCUUCCAAGUGGGUGCAGCGGGUGAAUCCUGUGCUGCAAGCCUGCAAGAGAGGGUGCGUCCUGUUGAUUGUAAAUCAGGUCUUGUUAUGGCUGUGAGCUUUAAUGUAUAUCAUGUUAAGUUCAACAGUAUAAAUGAGGAAAAAAGAAAAAAAAACUGCGAUGAGGUUCUAAAUUCUGCACAA